GGAGACUCUGGUAGCAUCGAGAACAAAGAGGGACACUGAUAGAGACCGUGGGCUGGAGGAACCGGCUGAUUCUCCUGUGUCAGCACACUCUCUGCCAAGCAUGCUCUUUCCUGGGAGGAGCUGGUGGGAAAUAUUUAAUGCUCAUCUGCUGAGAUUCCUGGCGCCGGCCCAAGCCCCGCUUCCCAGAGCAACACUUCUCCUUCCUAGAGAUCAGUUUUGAAGUUUACUCUGACUUCUUCAUAGUGUGGGAAGGCGCCUUUCUGUUUCUCAAAAAUUCCAAGUUGGGAGAAAAAGGCGGGAAAUAAACGGAAGCGCUGCGGCUCGGCCCUGCGAGGGAAUCACGUGGCUCGCGCGCUGCCUGCUGGGAGCCGCACACUUGGCGCCUGCGCAGAGGGGCUCGAAGCACUCACUCUCUGCUGGGGCUCUGAGGAGGCAGGUUGUGGUGAGUGUGCACGCGCAACGCGCGACGCGGGAGUCACAAGUGUGAAAGAAAGCAUUUGUGUCUCCAGAGGAUGAUGGCAAACCACCUUGUAAAACCUGACUCUAGAAACUGCAAGAGGUCAAGAGAAUUGGAACCUCAGGUGUCUGAUAGUCCACAGGUAUCCUCUCUUGGGAAAUCAGAGUCACCUCUCUCUGAGUGUUCUGGACUCUUUUAUAAAGAGGAUGCUCUGGAAAAGGAUUUGAGCGAUAUGAGCAAGGAAAUUAAUCUGAUGUUGUCUACAUAUGCAAAGAUUUUAAGUGAAAGAGCAGCAGUAGAUGCAUCUUACAUCGAUGAGAUAGAUGGACUCUUCAAAGAAGCCAAUAUUAUUGAAAACUUUCUAGUACAGAAAAGAGAGUUCCUGAAGCAGAGGUUUACAGUGAUUACCAACACCCUGCACAAGUAAUGUGCCUGUGCCAGCUGAAAGUUGUUCCUGUUACUGCUGUCUUCUUCUUGCUGGGGAAAACAUGUAUCAAACUGUAAUGUUUUCUAAAUUUAAAAGGGAUUUAUAUUUCUUUUGAAGGUUAAAUAUUUGGCACAUUAUAUAAAAUAUAAAUUAAAAAUUAUAUACAUGUUC